CUGUUAAAUGAGUUGGGACAGAAUGACAUCACGGCGUAAUUAAAGCCGCUCUCUGGAAUUCCUGCUCAGGUCUGCUGCAGGAUUCUGGAGCACCUGCGGGUUGUUGUGUGUGAGUGAAAUAUUUUCACUGGACAGAGUUCAAGCUUUGGAGGGAAAGAGAAAAAACGGAGGCAGCCGCAUUACGCCAUACUCUCCUCACAUGGAAAAAAGAAGUGGGAUUUAAAGAAGUUGUUACAUGGUACCAAGCAGAACAGUUCGCUGGAGAGCAGAAGACGGGUCCAGGUCUCAGAGUCUCACCUGUCCACCAUCAGCAGUAUGGUUCUGACACCUGACCCUGACCAAAUGACUCUUUUAACCCUGUGAGAGUCAGACCCCGUUUCUCUAGCGUUUGGGAGCGAGACGCGCAUUUUGGACCUCACGGGUCUGAGGAUGAGAAAGGUCACUGAACUUCCCGCGCUCCUGGUGUCGGCUCAGCGGGUCAGAUCGUUCUGAAGAGAUUUAUAGACGAUGUGCCAAAAGGCUGCAGAGAUUUAGGAUGAGAGUGAAGAAUCUUCCCCUUCUGCUCAGCUGGACGAUAGUCUUCCUGCAUCCCGUCCGCGGUUCGCUCAGCAGAACCAGAACCACCUUGGAGCGAACGGGAGGAACCGCUGGCUCUUGGAAACCAGCUCCUCGUGUGCGCGUGAGUGCGCUGCCGACCACAGGUGAGACGAAUUUUGCCAGUCAGAAACCAGCGGGGAUCUCCGCUGCACCGGGGAGGCUGGACCAGCCGCAGCAGGACGGAGCGCAAAGAUCCGCGUGCAGAGAGGCUGUGUGCUCCUGGCGUCCCGCCGCUAAGGCACGUGUUGAAGCGCACGCGCCCGCAGCUGUUAACGCAAAUGCUGCCAGGAAAGGAACUGAGACGUUUGGAGGAGGUGGCUCACCGGGGAAAGCCGCUUCCAGGGCGGGCGCAGCAGCCGCCGCUGCGCGCAGCGGGUAUGAGCAAAAACAGAGCGCGGCUGUGGAGCGGGGCGUCAGCAUCAAGUCACCGAAACCAGGCGCCAGGCAGCCGGUGGUGACCCCUCACGACUACAUGCUGUCUCUGUACUGGUCACUGAGCAGCGGAGACGUGAACAGCAGCGCGGCUCUGGCCAACACCAUCACCAGCUUUGUGGACAAGGGACAAGAUGAGCGUGGACCACUGAUGCGACGUCAGCGCUAUCACUUCAACAUCAGCUCCCUGGAACCAGAUGGGCUCCUGGGGGCCGAGCUCCGCAUCCUGAGAAAGCGCCUAUCUGACCCCCGUUCAGCUUUGAGGAGCUCCACAGCUUCUGGGGGAGGAGGAGGAGGAGACUCAUCACCAUGCCUGAAGCUCUACUCCUGUUCUUCAGGAAAACAGAAACCUGCUCUUCUCCAGAUAAAGACUGUGGAGGAUCUAUUUACUGGAUUUGGCAACAAAUGGGAAGUGUUUGACAUCCAUAAAGUCUUCAAGGGGUUCAGACCCCAUCAGGACCAUCAGCAGCUGUGCAUUGAGCUGGAGGCACUGGGGCACAGGGCGGGGCGGCCUCUUGACCUGAGAACUCUGGGGUUCUCUCGGCUCGGCAGGACCAACAAGGAGAAAGCCUUCCUCCUGGCCUUUGGCAAAAGCAAGAAGGGCGACCUUUUCUACAAUGAGAUCAAAGCUCGUCUGGGCCACGACAACAAGACCGUCUACGAGUACCUGUUCACCCAGAGACGAACAAGGCGGGCUCCCAUUUCCAGGGGGUCUAAGAAUCCUCCCCAUAGUCCCACCCAGACUUCCCCCCAGCACCAGGUAGAAAAGAAGAGGCCACAUUGCCAUCGGAGGAGACUCCAUGUUAACUUCAAGAAGAUGGGCUGGGACAACUGGAUCAUUGCUCCACUGGAGUACAACGCCUACCACUGCGAUGGUGCCUGUGACUUCCCCAUCCAGUCCCACCUGGAGCCCACCAACCAUGCCAUCAUACAGACCAUCAUCAACUACAAGGCCCCAGAGUCUACUCCACCCACCUGCUGUGUCCCCACCCGCCUCAGCCCAAUCAGCAUGCUUUACAGCAACUCAGACAACAACGUGGUCUACAAGCAGUACGAGGAGAUGGUGGUGGAAUCGUGUGGUUGCAGGUAGCAGACUGGACGCAGUAGCAGAAGUUCCCCAUCAGAGAUGUGAAUCAUCAGACUGCAUCCCGAGGACUUAAAAGACUAAACAGAUAUGAUAAUAAGUCCAGAACGCCCACUCAGAUGGUUGAUGGGCCUGAGGGAAGCCAGAAAAUAAAAACAGACUAAAGAAACAUCUUUAUAGUUCUGCUUAGAUGUUUAUCUGUGUGCUGAUUGGUGCCAAACCCUGGAAGACACUAUUGGAAUGUGAAGUGAGUUAUGUUCAGAAGUACUUAUCUGAUGGAGACGUUUGUCUUCUCCAGGACUUUUUUAAAGCAUGAGAAGAAUCUGUGAUGUAUAAAUACGACCGAUGAUAAAGUGUUUAUCUGACCCACUCCGAAUGUGGGAACGCUGUUAGAUUAGUCCUCAAUAAAGAAUGUUCAUCUGA